UGCUAUUUUCUUUGUUAUCUGUAGUUUAUGUGACAGGUGACAAGGCAGGUAGUCAGACAGUGAAUUGAUUUUUCGAAAAUGUCGCUGACGGACAAGAUUACGAUGCUUAUGGCCCGGCCGGGCGGAGACAACGUCCAGAAGGACGAUGUAUCGUGGUGGAUGCGCUACGCUGGUCGAGGCUUGGGCACAGUUGGCAGUUUCAUUGCAAUAAUCCUCGGCCUGUUCAACUGCCUGGGCAUCAUUCUCCUGGACGUCCAGUGCCUCAUUGCGGGCAUCUGGCAGAUGUUAGCAGGCUUCAUAGUCAUCGUGUGCGAAGCACCGUGUUGCUGCUUCUUCAUAGACUAUGUCCAGACACUGUCUGAUAAGGUGGAGUCGCGACCAUACUGGCAGAAGGCAGCCGGUUAUGUUGGCCUGGCUCUUCCCCCGUUCUUCCUGUGCUUCCUGAGCCUCAGCACCUGGUUCGGCUCGGGGCUCAUCUUCGCCACCGGCGUCAUCUACGGCAUGAUGGCGCUCGGCAAGAAGGCGUCAGCGGACGAGAUGCGGACGUCGGCCGCCACCAUCGAGGCGGGGCUGCCCAGCUCGGCGCCGCGCGCCGGCCUCGUCAGCAACGAGCAGCCCGUCUCCUUCACCGGCGCGCCCGGCUACUGAUCCCCAGCUCCACGCCUCUAUGCCAGCCUGGUACUUUAAGGUGAUCUCAGGGACGGUGACGAGUGUUUGUUAGCGCCAAUAUCUCUUACCGUAUCACAUUGAGGCUGCGUUUCCACCAGGGAUGUGCGAGGACGCAUAACGAGGGAUGUGUUUGUUAUGAACCAAUUUGAAUAUCGUCCACUAAAGCUGGGCUGAGCGAGGAUACUUAGGUAAACUAAGUGAUUUUAUUGGUUCAUAAUGAACACAUCCCUCGCUACGCAUACUCACACAUCUCUUCGAAAUUCGAUUCUACAUUUAAAACCUCAAUGGUCGUUUUUUGGCUAGCAAAUUUAAAUCCUUCGGACUCAAGGGGUUAAAUUGGCAAGUUUAUGGUGGUAUUACCUGAAUUAAUGCCUUGUUAGAAUAAACAUAAUCAAGAUAUUGACAUUAAUAAACAUUUGCGCAGCAGUUUAUGUAGUAUGCUAGGGCACUUUCAACAAGUACUCUAUCCGUCAGGUCAACUCAGGUCUCAUGCUUUCCUGGUUUGAUUAUUUUAUAAAUGUAUAUCAUUCCAAUUUACAAAUCAACUGCUUCCUACUAUGAUAGUAGGAGGACCAUCACAAAAUCAUCUGGAAUGAGAUAGGACUGAGUCAGUACACUAGUAAGCACCAAGGCUAACAGCUUUCUUUGACAAUAGACAAUUUGAUCUAAAAUGUAUCCGACCGAUUGAUAUUCCCACAGAUCCCACAGCGGAACAAGUUUGCUUAACACCCCUAUAUAUAUUUGUAUACAGGGGUGCUAAGCUAAUCGUUUUGCUGACUGAAUUAGGCACCAUAAUCAUGCUAUCUAGCAAAACUUCUAUAUAUGACAGUCCUGUGCCUGCUUAAUAAUAUUGAGGCCCUGAAAUCAAAUAUUGGUCGCUACUUAUGAACUUAUGUAUGAAUUGCUAAACCAGGAGUCAUAUAGAAAUUUAAAUCAUCUAAAAGACAAUUUAUAAAUUAACUAAAAAUCUAAAACUUAAUGUUUACAUAUUAAAUUAUUAUUAACUCUAAUUAUAUCAAAAAAGUUACCAAGACUUGACGGCUAGUAUUUAUUGGCCACUAUUUUUAGCAUUCCUAAAGUUAGACUACACACGUUUUUAUAAGUUAUACAACCACACAGUGAAUUCCAUUGCCCAUGAGGUGCAUUAAGUCCUCCAAAAAGCAAUGCCAAAUAGAUAUCACUUGUUAGUGGUGUCACAAGACACCGGCUACAUUUUGAGGUUAUCCAUAAGUUAGGUCGCACGAAUUUCAUGUUUUUUUUAAUCUCUCCCUCCUGUCACACCUGGUCACAUUUGGCAAUCCCCCCCCCCCUGGUGUGACGUCACAUAUUUGACAAUUUUCAAUGAAAUAAGCAAAAAAAGUAUUAUUUAUUUAAUAACAAACUUUAAAAAAAAAGCAAUGUUAGAAAUUUUAUUACAUGAAAACGAUAAAAAAAAACAACUCGAAUAAAACGAUUUAUCAUUGCAAAAACUAGUAAUUUAACUGUACAGUACAUACAAAAAAAUUGAGACAAUUUUUAAAGUUUGUGACUCCCCUCUCCUCUUGUCACAGUUUCAUGACCCCCUCUCUCCGAACGUGUGACGUAAUUAAUGGAUGACCCCUUUCCAUGAGUUUAACUGUAAUAAACUUUAUUUUAAACGCCAGAAGGCCUAUAAUAAUAUGAGCUGUAUGGUAUAAGAAAUAGGAAACAGCCUUUAAAAAGCAAUGAUACACAAUAUAAUAAUAGAGUAUAUUAACUGCCUGUUUUUUUUAUUAUAUCAAGUCGAAGGCAGUCAUUUUACCAACCACAUGAAAGGUACCUUAAGGCAGCUGGCGAUUUUGCCAAUUUUUACCCAUAUUCUUAAUUUGGGGACUUUUCACACGGAGGUGCAUCUCUCGACAGUCUCGAGCACUGACUGCAAUUUCGUCACGAACUUAUCAUCAAAUGCUAUACGGUACUUUUCCAUAUGGUUCGGUAUAUUAUAAUUAUUAUGUGAAUGAAAGAUUCGGUAGCGUUUUUUAGCCGAUUGCGUGAGUAAAAUGAGGCUAAUAUUAAUUAUAUUAAAUGGUCAAAUUUUCGUACAACAAUCAGUUGGACUGUUUAAGUGUUUACCAAGUGUUUCAGAAAUAUUAUCGAUUUUUCUUCAUGUAAUAAACAUAUAAUAUAAUGUAUGAUACAUGUUGCUUGUAGAUAUAGCUAUGUGAGAUUGUUUACAGUGUUCCAGCGUUAUAUAUAUGUACGUAUUCGAUGACUUUAGUAAGAAUAUAGAAUAAUUUAUAGAAUAAAUAUGGUAGGCUAGUUGCAAUUUUAUUACAAUAUUGUUAUAUUAUUAAAUGUGUUGAUUUGAUAGCUCAGUGAAAGAGAAAAGUAUUGUUUUAAACUUACAAUAUACUAACGUACAAUAAGUUUUUUUUUAAUAAGUACGUAUGUUUUUCAUAAACAUUUUUGGAGAAAGGUCCAAAUAUACUUUUCUCUUUUCACUGUGUUUAUGUGGUUCAUAAAAGUAUUAAAAAAUCGCAAUAACUCCUAAUGGACCAAACCACGCCGUUGCAAUGUUGCCAACUUAUUGUAUUGGACGUUUUUUGAACUUUGUAUAAUUUUGUUAAAAUAAUCAUGUUUGGUCUAAAAAAAGGGUUUUGUCUCAAAAGUCAAAACCCACAAUAUAUCCCUUAACGUAAGUCUGGGCUGUUGAUAGUCUAAUUUAUUGUGUAUAUCGUAUUUUAUCGAUUCUAGUAUAACGAAAGCAUUACCACGAGUUUGACACUCACUAACAUAUUCGUUUGCGCGUGCGUAACUUACUUUCUAUUUCUAUGCAGCUCACUCGUACUCGCAUUUACUUGCGAGCGAGAUGUAUAGAAAGUAAGUUACGCAGACGUUAACGAACAAGUCAGUGUCAAAGUCGUGGUAAAAUUAAAACGUCACUUCACACUUCAGGUAACGAGUGAAUAAACGAGUCAAUUUCUUCACACGUUCAUUGAUUCGUAUUUGAAUGUCAACGUACGCGUUCUUAACAUUUUUUAUUUUAUCCAUAAUUUAGUACGGAAUCCUUGUUUUUGCUAUAUUAGUUCCGUCCCAAGGUACAAUAGAUAACACAUCGAGGGUACUUAUUAUACAUAAUGUACCAAUGGGUCUCUAUUGUUUCCCAUAAAGUUUUAAGUCAUAAUGUAUUGUUUGUCCACAUUUUCGUUAGUCAUAAUUUGGUUUUUCUCAGAAACGCGUACGUAACCUUUCAGUGUUGCCAUUAAACAAAUCUAACCUUACGAAAAUCCUGAAAAGUUAACGGUUACAGAAUUAUGACUAAUGAUAAUAUGACAAUCAUUACAUUAUGACUUUCAAACUUUAAACAAAGGGAACCCUGUACCAACAUCAACACUCUUAAACCCUUUGUCAGGCUGACAUUUAAAUAAAUAAAAAAUAAAAUAAUAAAUAAAAAGUUGUUUAUUAAAAGAAAAUUUUUAAAAUUACACAACAGGCUCAGUGGUCCCACACUAGGCUAGGCCUGUAUCGUGGUGACCGCUCUACAGAUUUACUACAUAACAAGUUUAGGGGUAUCCUCUAAAAGUCUAAACUAAACUAAAGUAAGUCUCUUAUCUUACAGUUCUUACAUUGAAUGAAAUGAAAUGAGAUACAUGCAAAACUAAUACUAACAUUACUUAUACUAACUAACAAUUAUUACAUUGUAGUAACAAUUAUUUCAAAAAUGACAAUCGAAUGUCAGUCUUAUUCAUUGAAAAUAGAACUCAUGUUUGAAGCGCCGUGCGUGGGAGAUAUCUCCGCCAGGGAUAAUGAUAAAGGAUUAAAUGACCAUUGACGAACCUUUUUCUUUCCAAUAAAGUUAACGAAUUGUUAAUUAAUAGUGUCAAUGAUGAAACACUAGUAGUACUAGAUAUUUUAGGAUGGUAUAAUACACUUGGGUCUCUAGCAUUACUAAAUAUUUCUGAUUUAAAUACUGUCUUGUUUAGCAAUACAGUUCGGAAUAGAUAUUCUUAUCCGAUUUCUGCUUAACUACUGGCCUGUGUUACUGAGUGACAUGCAUAAUAAAGAGGUGCCAUCGUCACUACGUCAUGCUCAUUUUUGGCAGCUUAAUAUUUUUUAGACAUUUUGUAAAGUCCAGUCCAAAAAUAUAUAUAUGUACCACUUUUCAUGAAUAUGUACCACGAUCUUGUUACACCCAAAUAAGACUGGUACAUGAUUCUUAGUAUUCCGUUGGCAACACAUUUUUGGUACCUCUUAGUUUGUCUCAUAAAAGUUAAUGACUUCCUUUAUUUAUACAUUCCAAUAUUAAAGGCUCACCUUUUCGAUUUUUAUAAUCCUUCCAUGUUUUUUGAAAUUUAAGACAUUUAAUUCGGUACAAAGACCGUAUUAUAUUUAUAUUAUAUAUUGUUUCUUGCGUUGUAGCAUUUGCGGUAUAUAGCAAUGUCAAUUUGUUAUCCUGUAUGUAGGUGUAUACAUAAACUGUUUAGACAUUAAUGAAAUCGCACUUGCAACAUUUAGUAGCGUAUAAUAUUGUCUUCGGUUACCGCGAUAGUUACUCAUGAAAUAAAACUAUGAAAACGGAUUAUAUCGCGUAUAUUGAAUUUAUAAUACAUCCCGACGUUUCGAACUCUUUACAGCGUUCGUGGUCAACGGGUGACGGGUUCAAUAUACGCGAUAUAAUCCGUUUUCAUAGUUUUAUUUCAUUUAGUAGCGUAGUUUGUUUGUUGUUAGAUACAGACGCAAUUUAUACUACCACACUCUUAAAGCGAAAAUGACCUCUGUUUUGUCUAGUGAAGCUCAGUUUUGUCCGUUGAAAGUUUUAGAUUGUAACAGUUUAAGUUGUAACAUUGGUGGCCAAAGGGAAUGAUGUCAACAUAUGUGACAUUUUCAAACAAAAGGGUACUUAUUGUCGCUUGUCAGUAAGGCGCUAUUUACAUAUAGCUUCAAUUAGAAAUCAACCUUAUCGACAACCGACAAUGUGGUACCUUUUAGUUGAAAACAUAUGUGACAUUCUCAAACAAAAGGGUACUUAUUGUCGCUUGUCAGUAAGGCGCUAUUUCCAUAUAGCUUCAAUUAGAAAUCAACCUUAUCGACAACCGACAAUGUGGUACCUUUUAGUUGAAAAGUCACAUAUAGUUGGUCAAGCAAAUCUAGUCAGUAGAAAAAGGCGGCAAAUUUAAAAAAUGUAGGCGCGAAGAUUAUUUCGCGCCGUUUUCUACUGACAAGAUUUGCUUGACCAACUAUAGUUUGGUAGUCAUAAUCAACUUUAAUAACAAAACUUCCGUGAGACACAGACAUUAAACAUAUUAAUAACGGGUCACUCACGUAUUUUCAUUCGAAAAACGCUCGACAUUUUCACUCCGUACCGAGGAGCGUCAUCAGGAGCUUGCGUUGACGGUGGUGGGCCGCAGCCCUCUGCGUCCGAUGACUAAUAUGUUUAAUACAUAAUCAACUUGUUUGACCUUCGAUGUCAUAUAAUAGCAACGAUCUCAGAGGGCCUACCGCCAACCUCGAAAAUCGUUAUCUGCCUCUCUAGCGCUCGAAUAUGCAAGAGCGAUAGAGAGGCAUAUAACGAUUUUCGAUGUUGGUGGUACUUCAGAAGUCAAAAUAAAAUGGAUCUUCAGUUCGCUUGUUAACGCUCAUAUCAUACAAAUAGGUACCGUUAUAACCCCUAGAUCACUAUAUCGUAAACGAAAUAUCACUGUUACUGUCUGCAGAUAUUUUUGUAAUAUAUUUAGAUAAUGGCCGUAUUGUUAAGAUCCUAGUCUUUAGGUAGAGCUAUUGUAAUUUAAAACAUUGCGAAUGGUGUGAACACAGCCUUUUGAACAUGACUAUUAAAAUUUUAUCCCGUCAAAAAUACCACCAUACAAAAAAGUGAUGCAAAGCAAUGAGGGCUAUCGUUUUUUCGCUCACCAGUUGGCGCCUCUGUUGAUGGUGGUCCGGUGGUCCAAAAGACUAAAGAACAGCUGUCAGUCAUUGAAGUGACAAGUGACAUUUGGAACUAUGGAAAAGACCAGCGAUUGUCCUUGUCACGUUGAAUUUGUUCACGUCGUUGUUGGGUGGGACUUCCGGUCCGAGCGCCAUCUUGAUAGUUAGCAUCGUGAUUAAUUACUUUGUUUUUUGCUCAUUAAUAUUGUUUAAAGUGUAAUAUCGAUAGCUUAUUAUACAGUAAACUAAUGUGGUAGUGUGCAGUGAAUGGAGAAUUAAUUUUGAAGCGCGUUUAACCACCAUCUUGGAGUCAACGGCCGGUAGUCCACGUGCUUCUUGUAAAGUCUAGCUAUCGAUUUACAAGAGCUAACAAAUCACCGUACACUGUCUUGUACAACCGUACAAUUUUUGUCGUUUUUAAACCUCUUAAUACCUUGAUACUGGCGAAAUAGUCCCACUGGGCUGAAGCCAUAAUUUUAAAAGAAGAAGAAGGAAAAGACCACCAUCUACACUAGCGCCCCUAGCGGCGAAUUCAUACGCGUUAGCCCUCAUUUGACACAUGUUGCUUUAUAGUAACACACGUGUGAUACUCAGUCGCUACGACCCAAAUUGAGUUAGUAUCACACGCGUCUAACUAGGUUGGUUGGUUAAAUAACACUAUAGUAAACUUUAUUGUCAUGCAUGAAGGUUUAUUAUAAACUGUAACCGUGCGCGUCUGUGGCGGUUAUAGGGUUAAGCCUGCCAUAGACGAUCAAUCGAUCGUAUUUAAUUUUAAUUUAUGAUUAAAGGAUAUUGUGCAGACUUUACCAUAUGCCUUUAAUAUCUCUGUCUACUAUGAAUACACGAAAAUGCUCAAAUAUAUAUCUAAAGCAGCUAUUUCUGAGAGUUCUACUCUCAAAAUCAGUAUUACUGAUUUGAGGUAUCAAAUUCCUACUACUUAUUACUUGGUGUAUCUAUGUCAUAGUCGUCAUGGGUACAUAUGUAGUGCAUAAUUGUAUUCCAUCGUAUUUUCUCGGAAACGUUCGUAUUUGUCAUGCUACUUCAGUCAACCUCAGUACUUAUUAUACCGAGACUGACUGAAUAAGCAAGACACGUUCGUACGUUUCCGUGAAAAAAAAAAACGAUGGAAAAUAAUUAUGCACUACAAAUGUAAGCUGUAUUCUACACCAUUCCAUUUGAAGGUUUAUGUUAGGUUAAAUAUUGCUCACACCGCCAAUUUUGUGAUUGUAUUUUUUAUGCAUGCGGUGUUACCAUGGUAAGAUUUUUAAACGCAAUCUUUUUAGCGAUGGCAACACCGAUCGUAUGGCUGAUUUUUUUUAAGUGCUUCCUUUUUUUAAACGAUUAAUGAUGUAAAAUUUAUUUAUUAUUAUAUCAUUUAUAUUUUUUAAAUCAUCCAAUUAUUUAUAAUUAAGAACACAUGUAAAUUAUAUAUAGAAUCGAUUGUCAGUUGUUAUUAUUAUAUACAGGAUUUAAGAUGACUGGCGGAAAAAAAAACUAGUUUUUGUCUCUGACAGUCCUGACACACAUACCUAUACAUUGCCGUAUCUUACCUCGCCUUGGUCUGGUACCAAAAUAAACUAAGUAUUCUCGCCAAUUUUUACAUAAACCUACUUAUUGUUACUAUUGUAAUCCAUCGACAGUAGUGUUUUCAGUUGGUAUUUUUUUAUAAACCUUAAAACCUUAUUGACCAUGGGCAGACCUUAUGUAAUUGCAAUAAGACAUUCAACAAACCUCAGUGUAGCGUCGGCAAUGAAUAGUGUGACUAUGACUACAGCGGUGGCAGCAUGGUAGCAUUUUUAUCGCCUGUCACUAUGCCUGUCACUUUCGCACUUACAUACUUGUUAGAAUGUGACAUGAUGAGUCAUGGUGACAGGCGAUAAAAAUGCGACCGUGCUUAGCCCUCAAGUCAAUUCACAAGAGCUGGCACAAUAGAACGAAUGAGUGAAUGAAAAUAUCUACGUGUGUACCACAUUAAACAAUAAAAUGGCGGAUCUGAUGUAUACCGAUCAUAGACAUAGUAUAUACAAGUAGUUAUAGACGCGCUACCGAGCGACCGGGGUAAGAGAAAGAAUAUUCAUAUAAAAUUUUGGCAGCAUAGGAUUUUUUCUCUUUCACUCUUAUAAAUUUCGGUAUUUCGCCAUCGCCUCCUGCCUAUGAUGCCACCCGGUCGGUGAUAAGGACAAAGCAUGGCACUAUUUUCUCUUUCCUCUUAUAGGAAUCGCAAUAAGACUAUCUUUCUCUAUCAAAGAGUGUCAGGCCCUUGGAUAAGUUUCGUUCAUUCGUGGCAGCUUUCGUGAAACGACCUGUACUGGCCGCCAGUCAGUCCUGAGUCCUGUCUAGGUAUGAUUGUAUAGUUACACCGUUGUUCCGUGUAGCCUCGUUACUGUUAGGACGGCAUAUCUGUAAUAAAUGUGUGUAUACUGGA